AUGAGUUCGAUGACAGCCUCUUCGUCCAGCAAAGCCCCCUUGGAAAGUGUCGUCAGCUCGACCCAGGCGACACCUGAUUCCAACGCCUCUGCCUCCACCCAGGCUGCGGCUCUCGACCAGGCGAAGCCUACAGGCCUCGUUAUGCAGAUCAUCCUGCGCCGGGACUUGGUGACAUCUCUAGGUUGGCCUCUUGGGCCCAUGAUGGCGCAAGCGGCGCAUGCUGCAUCGGCCGUUCAGCACCGAUAUGCGGACCACGUCGACAUGAAGAGGUACCUGUCCGGCGAGGAUGGCCGUGGAUGGGAGGUAAUGCGUAAGGCUGUCUUGGAGGUGCCCGACGAGGCGGCGUUGCAGAAUCUUGCGGCAAAGCUCGAGGCCGCAGGUAUCCCUCAUCACGUGUGGAUGGAGGAGCCGGAACAUUACCCCACAGCUCUGGCUCUCGUACCCAACAAGCGACCGAAGGGCUUGAAACGCAUCCUCGAUGAGUCUGGUUGCUCAUUGUGGAAGUAA